CUUUCAGAUUACACUUACGCAAUAUGAGAGGGAAAGCCAUGUUUCCUUGUAGGGCCGCAUAAUGUCUAUAUAAAGCAUUGCACCCAUCAACAAAGCAUUCUACGCAUAUUACAUCGAGUUCAACAUGUCUGGUCGCGGCAAAGGAGGAAAAGGUCUAGGGAAGGGAGGCGCGAAGCGUCAUCGCAAGAUCCUUCGUGAUAACAUCCAGGGCAUCACCAAGCCCGCCAUUCGCCGUCUCGCCCGCCGUGGUGGAGUCAAGCGAAUUUCUGGCCUCAUCUACGAGGAGACCCGUGGCGUUCUCAAAGUCUUCCUUGAGAACGUUAUCCGUGACGCGGUCACCUACACCGAGCACGCCAAGCGUAAGACUGUCACAGCCAUGGACGUAGUCUACGCUCUGAAGCGACAAGGCCGAACCCUGUACGGAUUCGGCGGCUAGAUUAUCUAGUCAACACAAACCAACGGCUCUUUUAGGAGCCACCACAUGCAAUGAAAGUCGUGAUCAAGCCCAUCAAUAAAAUUAUGCCACAGAA